CUUCAAAUUUUUUCUUUUGCUUUUUUGGCUAUCAUUUGAUAUAAUCCAAAUUGGGUUUCCUUCAUUUAAUCGAUCCAUGUUUGUUUCUGGGUUUAUAUUGAUUUCAAUAAAAGCUUGAGUCUUUAAAUGAUUUAGUUAAUGUGUGUGCAAGUUUUGGUUCAAUGAAAGCUGCUAUUGUUUUUAAUCCCAAAUUUGAUUAUUGAUUGUUUACAUUGGUAUUUGAUUUAAUUCUAUUAAAGGAGUUAACCCUUUUGCUAAUUAUAAAUAAAGCCUUAAAAAGACCCCCAUUUUGUAAAAAGAAGAGAUAGUGUGUUGAUUGAUACAUAUAUGUAUAAUUAGAAUGGUUGAACUUUACUGAUAUAAGGUUAUAUAUAUAUAUAUAUAUAUAGGGUUUUAACUGAAGCAUAAAAUUUAACAUCAUGGGUUCUUUUUGUUGCUGCUUACGUGCUGACGAUUCCGAGGAUUAUACGAAUUCAAACAACAAUGUUCGUAGACGUUGUUUAUGCCUCAGUUGUUUCGUUCAAAAUUUCCUUCACAUGUAUGCCACGUUAUUUCAAAGGAGAGAUUCUGUUCCUUCAUCGAUUCUAGGGACAGCAUAUGUGAAUUCUCCUGCAUCACUAUACAGUUCGCUUACUGACGUUUACGAGUCUACUAUAAGGUCUUUGCCUUAUGAUGGCGAGACUAGACAUUGUCGUUUACAACGUGAAGGUCUUGUUUCGAGACGUGAGAAAGGUUCGAGUCAUUCACAAGAAGAUUCAAAGCCUUUAAGAGGUGCAGACGAUGCGGAUUCGGAAACUUUUAGUACAGGAGAGAAAUGGAAUUCUUUUGAACAAGGCUCGACAGAGAGGCAAUCUAAAUCCUCACAAAAUCACUCAUCGGCAAAAUCACAAGUCGGAGUUGGAUACACUUAUUGGUCAGCGGAAGAAGAGGAUGUCUGCCCAACAUGUCUCGAAGAAUAUACUCCGGAGAAUCCCAAGAUCGUAGCAAAAUGUUCCCACCAUUUCCAUCUCAGUUGCAUUUACGAAUGGAUGGAGAGAAGUGAAAAGUGCCCAGUCUGCGGAAAGGUUAUGGUGUUCGAUGAAACGACUUAAUCUCGCUUCAAAGGUUUCGUUCUAUAUAUUAUAGAACUAAGGAUUCUGUACAGUUUAACAAAUGAACAAAACCUUUUUUUGUUCUUUCAUUUACAAAGCAGCAAACUAGGAUAGGGAAAUAAAUUGCAGGUUUAGGUAUUUGAAUUUCCGUAUUAUUUUAUAUGAAUCAAACUCAACUAAGUUUCGGCUCCUUUA